AUGAGCGAAUCGGAGUCAUUGGGUGGGAGCAGCGCGUCGACGACGGCCGGCAGCGACGAGUACACCAUGUCGCAGAUUUUUGGCGCCGCUGGACGUCCCAUUCCACUCUCGACGUUCGGCGCGACUAUUCCAAACUCUUGGGGAUCAGCCGUGUCGCAGCCGAUGCUUGCCGGCUCAUUUGGCUUGGCACCUACACCACCACCAGUCAUCCAGGAGAUCGUCAAGUGCACGCUGUGCUUGGAACCGUACCGUGAUCCGAAGGUUCUCGCGUGCUUCCAUUCGUUUUGCAAAGGUUGUCUGGCGAAACAUCUCGAGCAGCCGGAACGUAUCGUUUGUCCGCAGUGCCACAUGGAGACUCAAUUGAGCGUACAACUCGGCCUCGACUCGUUGCUCACAGACUUCGGGCUCGAGUCGGUGAUGAACAAGCAACAACAGUUGUUCGCCAAUCUCGGACUAUCUGAAAGUGGAGCACCAACGACCGUUUCAGCCGCCAUCCCAGUUCCGAAUGCUCACCUUCAUCCGUCAAUGGUGGCUGGCUCCGAUCCGUCCAAUCCAGUGGUCGGAUUCGGUUUUGGAUCACCUUCCUCCACGACAUCAUCAUCACCACCGCUCAGUGAUUCGCCGACGAUGGAACAACAGCAGCACGCUCAACUUGCCGCCAUGAUGCAAGGAAUCAUGAACAACAAUGUUGCAGUGGCGAACGGAGCCGGAGUGCAGGUCGCCUCGGUUCCAGCAGUACAUUGCAGUGGGUGCAAGUCGAAUGAGACGGCAACAUCAUUCUGUCAAGACUGCAACGCGAAUCUGUGCGACAACUGCACGAUGGCUCACAAAUACAUGCAUUGUUUCGCCGAUCAUCGUGUCAUCACCCUUCCACCACCAACCAGCAACAACGGAGGAAUCGGCUCGUCUGCCUCAUCGACAACUUCAUCGUCCCCAUCUUCCAGCUCAUCGUCACACCAAAUGGUGGCGGCGCUCGGCGGAAAACAGUCACCGGACAGUUUGAUGUUAGGAUCCGGAAAGCGGCCAGUUUUGUGCCUUCAGCAUCGUUCGUCAGAGCUUGUUUUCUUCUGUGUCACAUGCAAUUUGGCUAUCUGCCGUGAUUGUACCACCACCGACCAUCCAGCUGGACAACAUCAAUUUGAGCUCAUCACUGAGGUCGCCGAUAAACAAAUGCUGAAAAUGGAGCAACUGAUAGCGGACGCGAGGAGCAAGCACGCUGACAUGCUGGACAUGUUUAAGCAGGUUGAUUCGAAACAACAAAUUCUGACCGCCUCCCUUCACAACUCGCACGCUCAAUUGGAUGAGACAGUCUCCACACUGAUCAAUUUGAUUCAGGAGCAAAAGAAGACACUUGCCAAGGAGAUUGACAAUGCAUUCGCAGCCAAGCAGAUCCAACUCACCAUGGUCGACAAGCGAAUCCAAUCGAUGGCCGAGAAACUCUCCCAGACAAUCGAAUUCUCGCGUCGCCUCAUGUCGUUCUCGUCACCAGCUGAGGUUAUGGUUUUCAAGCAACUUCUUGACACUCGUCUCCAACUCUUCCUCGGAUUCAACCCGGAUACCAGUGGAGUGUUAAACACAUCCUGCGAGAUUGAGUACCUUGGAGCCGCCGGUUUGUACAGCAACUCUUCCAGUGCAGUCUCACAACUUUUGGGAACGGUCCGUGGAGGAAGCAACAUCAACAACGCCGCUGCCCAGAACGAUUUCCUUAUGCCAUCAUCUCAAACUGGAAUGCCACCAACUCCAAUCGGACGUACACCAAGUCGUGUUAUCCCGAUCGACAAUCAGUCGACUCGCUCUCCACCACACCACAUCGCUGGAUCACUUCCAAUGAACGCGUUCUCCGAUUCCAAUCUUCUCCGACCAAACAAGGAUUUCGGAGGAUCUUCCCAAUCACUCGGACCAUUCGGUGCUCUUGGAGGAGGUGCUGCUGAUCCAUUCUCAUCUCAAUACGACAAAUGGAGUCUCGGAGUUGAGCCAUCUGUUGGUGGUCUUCUUGAAGGAUCGAACGUUGAUGAGGAGAAGUUCCAAACUUUGUUCCCACCAUCAAGAUCGCAGAUCAAGCGUACCAAGAUGAUCUAUCACUGCAAAUUUGGUGAGUUUGGCGUCAUGGAGGGGCAAUUCACCGAGCCAUCUGGCGUCGCUGUGAACGGACAAGGAGACAUCGUCGUCGCCGACACCAACAACCACCGCAUCCAGGUGUUUGACAAGGAAGGUCGCUUCAAGUUCCAGUUCGGAGAGUGCGGAAAGCGCGAUGGGCAAUUGUUGUAUCCAAACCGUGUGGCCGUCAACCGUACCACCGGAGACUUCGUCGUCACCGAGAGAUCCCCAACCCACCAAAUCCAGGUGUACAACCAAUAUGGACAAUUCCUUCGCAAGUUCGGUGCCAACAUUCUCCAACAUCCACGUGGAGUGUGCGUUGAUAACAAGGGACGCAUCAUUGUUGUUGAGUGCAAGGUAAUGCGUGUCAUCAUCUUCGACAUGUUCGGAAACAUUCUUCAAAAGUUCUCGUGCUCUCGUUAUCUCGAGUUCCCGAACGGUGUCUGCACCAACGACAAGAGCGAGAUUCUCAUCUCGGACAACCGUGCUCACUGCAUCAAGGUGUUCUCCUACGAGGGACAAUAUCUCCGUCAAAUUGGAGGAGAAGGAGUGACCAACUAUCCAAUAGGUGUUGGAAUCAACUCUCUUGGAGAGGUCGUUGUCGCUGACAACCACAACAACUUCAACUUGACCGUCUUCUCUCAGGAUGGCACCAUGAUUGGAGCUUUGGAAUCCCGUGUCAAGCACGCUCAAUGCUUCGACGUCGCUCUCGUUGACGAUGGUUCAGUGGUUCUCGCCUCGAAGGAUUACCGUCUCUAUCUUUACCGCUUCUUGCCAGCAUCUGCCGGACAACCAUCUUCCACUUCUGGACAGAUUUAA